AGAACAAUAUUUAAUUGGCACCCGCUUCGAAAGGAAGAAAGAGAAAGAAGUUAAGUACACGGCGUUCCCCUAAAGAGAGGGCUGCUCUAACGACCUGCCUAGUUGUUCAAAAAAUUCAUAAAAGAAUGGCUGCAACCAGUUCUUCUUCAAGCACGAUGCCUUCGGGUGUCGUGCCACUAGAGCCUCAGGUCUCGGACUCGCUGGACGUAACAGUGCUCGCUUUCGCCCAAUGGAUAUCAGAAAUGAGGAGCAGGACAAACUCCAACUUACAGCAAAUACUAGCGGAAAUGGGGAUAAUUCGAAAUGGUAGAAGAAGGUGGAUGUAGUUGUACCCAUGAUUGACUCUUGGUAGAAGGUGGCUGUACCCAUGAUUGACUCUUGGUAGAAGGUGGUUGUACCCAUGAUUGACUCCAGUAGAGGUUGAGGUAGACGCACUAGAGGUAGAGGCUGCAGUUCUAGUUCUACAACUACUUCUACAUCUACUCUCGGAAGCGUCGAACGAUAUCGCGUCGUAUGAUUUGACUCCACAAAAGAAAACCUAACAAGGUUUAAAACCUCUUCUUUGAUCCCUAACUACAGGAAUAACUUCGAAUAGUUCCGAGUUGUCCGACUUCAAGCGGCAUUGCAGUCAAGUGCAACAGCAACAACAGUUAAGGGCUGAAGCAUUUCAUUUCUACGUGCUAUUCUCACUUAGCAUGGCCGUCAUCUAAGAUAAACGUCGAAAUGCUUUAAGCUGCUCUAAGACAGAGUCAGUUGAGUGACCUUAGGCAAAAGCUUCAAGAAGCCUACAACGAGAUGUCGGAGAUGAAGAAGGCAAAAGCACAAAGCGACCAGGAGAUGGCUGCAGAUUAUCAGACACUAGGUAUUUACGAGAUGAAGAUUAUCACAACGAGCUUCAGGCUUUUUAUUUUGCUCACCAAAGAACCACCUGUAGUUGAGCUCACCCACGCAGGACAAGGCUCACCCACGACUUAUUCGAAAACUCAAAAUAAGCGAGUUACUGACUGAAAUAAGAGAGUCUUGAUUACAUUCCUCUUCUUUCAGUAUCUCCCUUAUUUUCCCUAGUUACUCGCUGACUUCAGCUUAUCGAAUACAAUAAUCUGCCCCUCCCACGACUACAGCCGAGCAAUUGAAUAUAAAGUCUGUGGAGCUCGACACAAUUAAGAAAACCUAUGCGCAAACGACGCAGCAGCUGCAGCAACAGAUACUCGAACUACAGACGGAAGUUAAUGAGGUACUCACAUCUGGUACUACGUCGAUGUUGCUGCUCAAACAUCUCUUGACCGUAUGAUCGGUGCCGAUCUUCAAGAAAUUUGAUUUUCGAGUUUGAUGCUAGGUAGAGGCACAUAAGUAGGAUGUUCAUGCUGAAGUUUUUCUCUUUUUCCAGAAUUUGUUAUUUACAGGUCCGCUUACAAAGAGAAGAUACCCAUCGAAUGGCUGCAAGUUGUAACGAAAAUUUGGUCCGAGAAACAGGGGAAAUAGCUCAGACGGCUAGGUACUUCAGGCUACACGAACACGUACACGUUCGCCAGGAACACGAACACGUUCGCCAGGCAUUUGAUGUGGUCCAUCAAGAAAACGUGGUCCAUCAAGAUGAUGCGCUACUUCAACAUCAACUCUAGUACUGUAUAGAGUGAAACCUUUUAACCUUAACAACUCUUGUAGCUGUACUUCCUUACUAAGCUAUCUCUUCUUUCGAAGAUCUUCAUGUCUUUAUGCUACCACGACCAGGUCAACAGCCACCGAAUUCGAGCGCGUAAAGCAAGACCACGAUCAUGCGAUAGCGAAUUUGGCAGAAAACAUGAACAGGUGGAACGACACAAUACGCGAUUUGAGUAAGGAGUUUCACGAGUUUCAGAAACUCAUGACGAAUCAACAGGCGAGAUUGCAGAUGGGAUUGGAUUCGGUAGUUACUUUUACUUCACAGUAUUGUUGAUGUGCAUGUGGUCUAUAACUAUAUCUUGUUGCUUCCCUAACACGAAACAGCGACAGCAGACAAGAACUGUGGUUGCUAAUUUCAUUACUUACAAACUCGGUACUUAGGCUCUCCGGUAUUACUUUCGUACUGAAUGGCCUCAGCACAAGUAGAGUCGAAAGGCUACAUAAGAGGUUCCAUUACAUGACACAAGGAAAAUGUUGAAGAAUUUAACUGCAAGCCGUUCCUAUCUUCUUCCCGUACCCGUGACCGUUAGCAACUAGUUGUACUUUGUGAGCGACAUACGACGACCACUACUUUUUUUACCUACUACUACGUAGGUGUCUUAUUGCAUCCACCAUCAUCAGGUUCAGCACCAACAGCAAACGAUACCGGCACAGCAGGGUGUAGUGGAACAAACUCGACCUUCUCAGCUUGUUGUUGCACCACCACAGGCACAACAACGAAUGACGAUGACAACAAUGAGUGCAGGAGUGCCUCAACAAAUGGGGUCACAAGUUAGACCCAGUUGGAACAUGCCCCAGUAUGGAUUACGAGCACAAUAGGCGACCUUUGUGCUUCGGAAACCAAUACGUCCAAUCUUCAGGAGACUUGAAUUCCAUCAAGAACAUUCUUUUUCUUAAGUACUCGUAGCUCCUGUUGUAGAGUUGUAUCCACUCUGAGAGAGAGUCUACUGUCAUCUCUCCGUGAAUAAGCUUGAGAAACCGCAUCUUAUCAUUUUUCUUACCACAGGCUUAGGCUGGCUCGACCACUCGUACUACAGGUGGAAUGAUUGACAUCCGCAAUUUCAUCAAGCCAACAACAACAUUUUUCUUAGCAUUACUAGCAAUCUUCUCUUGCUCUUCCAGGUUUUAGUUUACAAGUUCGGAAAAGGUAUGGGCUAUGUAAUGUAUCCAACAGUGGUUGAUGCAUACAGACGAUGUAAAAUGGUAUAGGAAAACGCAUACAAAAUGUAAGAAUUGAUUGUACUCUUCCAAUCAAACAACUAGCACGCAAAGACGCGCUGACUAACAGCCAGCGGACGUAGCUGCUCAUAGUGAGAAUAUAACCACUAAAAAAUAGCCAUUGAAAUGUCCACUACUGCUCAUUGUUAACAAGAAGGCACCUGAAUAUCAUCAACGAACGUCCUGGGUGGACAUUUUCCCGAUAUACGUUUUGACGAAAUUAAAAAUUUUCAUUGACUCUGUCUCGGUCCCCUAAGCAGAAAGGACUGCUAUUAUAUUUCCUUAACACAUCAUCAGCAUAUCAUCAUGACCGAAGAACACGUCUGUUUCUGAUUCUACUUUUCUUUGCGGAGUCCGUAUUCUAAAAAGUCGUCAAACCAUGCAUGUACUCGUGUUUCUGUUUCGCUUAUCAAAAUUCAACAUUUUUCGCAUCCACUACGACGACUCCAACUACCUUUGCAUAGCCAGAUGUACCUCGGCGAUUUGCAUAGCCAGAUGUACCUUGUUGAAAGAGAACUAGAGCCCAGCACGCGGCCCUUCACAUACAAAUGCACCAGUACGUAUAAAGGUCAGAAAAUUUAUUUUCAAAGCAACUUAGAGCAGACCGCAGAUGAGUCAGUCGUGUGGCUCCUCGCGUAAUGAAUGGUUCCGG